AAAAAAACAAGCAACCGCUCCAUCCUGCCUCCCCGACACCUCCAGCGCGUCGCCGCCUGCUGCCACGCCCCACCCUGCCUCACCGCUCGCCGCUGGCCACCGCCGCCCACCCCGCUGGCGCGCCUACCCCUACCCCGAGUGCCCCCACACGCGCAGCCUUCCACUGCCGGCGACCCGUGGCCUGCCACUGCCGACGACGAGGAACUGUCGGAUCUCGAUGAAUCCGGUGGGGAAUGGCGCGUAGGCAGCGAAUCUGGAAGGAAGGCGGCCGGGGCUUGGAGCAUGACGGCUGGCCGGUACGCCAUGGCAUUGGGGGGAGGGGGGCGUCCCAUGCUCCGGCCGUUUGUGUCCGCGCGAGGAGCUCACCCCCAAAGAACUCCUCGGGCGUCCUGCGGGCCCAGGCCGGAGGCGGCAGGCCCCAGCGCGGGGGCCGACAGGAAGGGGUCGAUUCGGAUCUCCGGGGCCGACAACGCGCCUGGCGCCGGCGGGGGACGCGGGAGGGCAGCAGCUCACGGACGAGGAGGCCCCCGCGGCGUGGGGGGCCUCGAGGCCGGCGCGGGCGGCGGGAGGGGGGACUCGCCGUACCACGGCUAUGAGGUGCAGCGUCUGGCGAGGUUGGUGGACCACGCGCUGCCCUUCUCCCUGCUCCUCCUCGGCGUCUUCAUCCGCCAGCACCUGCAAGGUUUCUUCGUAAUGAUUUGGAUUACCUCAGUCAUGUUCAACUCCAAUGAUAUCUUGCGCAAGCAGACCGCUCUUAAGCAGGCUACAAGGUUGCGGGAGCGACCCUGCCAUUGUCAUGACGGCUGCUCCUUCUGGCCGGAUCGAGGCAUGAAGACCUGUGGGAUCCCCUCCUUCGGCAGGACCUCCUCAUCUGGAGGACUGCAUGUGAUGAGUUAAGGCACAAGAAGAUCUACGACCAUUUUAGCUCCAGCAGUUAGUACACAUCCAAUCAACAGUGCAUUUUCACGACCCAGGCUUCUGAAUUCUGACUGACAGGCUCGCAGGCACAGCCACAUAUAAUCUCACGCAUUCAAAAUGCUAGCUACAUGAAAUACGCCCAGAUUUACGAGUAGAAAUCCAAGGCAUUGCAGUCCAAUUGUUCUAAGGAUUGGAACCAGACGUGUGGCUCAAUACUGCUUGGAACAUCUGGAGGACCUUUGCAAUCUUAUCAAGCUUGACGCUAAACUGGCACUCUUACUUGAUCCCAUAUUACUCCUUCGAACAAUUUGUGCGCAAAGUUGAGGAAAUUGGGGCCAAUAAUCGUGUUAGAAUAAACUUCUUUCUUCCUUUUUCCAUACUGUGGGGCAGCAGGAUCUGAGUCCCACUACAUCGCCCUUUGCCUUUCAAGGUAUGUUCUUCCGGGAUUGCAGAGAGCAUGGACCACCAAAUGGAAGAAGGGGAUGCCAUCCUUGACUGUCGUUGUCUUUGGCAUGUUGCUACCAUUUUUUAAUCCUUGCACUGCAGAGACCUCAGUCUAUCCAUGUAGGUCAUGCCUUCUAAUCAGUUUUUUGACUCUUAUGUAUGUGUGUGCUCUUGCAUUACUUACUGGAUCUUGUUGUAUACGAUGAUCCAUUGUCAGCUGUACAAAGGCUCUGAAUUAAAAAAUUUGUCAAGUUCGGUUUAGAUUUAA